AUUUCUCACACUCUUCUCAGUAGCUGCUGCGGCUUCUUCUCCUCAUUUCAUCUCCUCUACGAAACCCUAAUCUCACCCAAACCCUCCAAAAUGCCGCCAAAGCUCGAUCCAUCCCAAAUCGUCGAAGUUUACGUCCGCGUCACCGGCGGUGAAGUCGGAGCCGCCAGUUCCCUCGCUCCCAAGAUCGGUCCUCUCGGUCUCUCACCAAAGAAGAUCGGAGAAGACAUCGCCAAAGAAACCGCAAAGGAUUGGAAGGGUCUGAGGGUGACAGUCAAGCUCACCGUUCAGAAUCGUCAGGCUAAGGUCGCUGUUGUUCCGUCUGCGGCUGCGCUGGUUAUCAAGGCUUUGAAGGAACCAGAAAGGGAUCGCAAGAAGACUAAGAACAUCAAGCAUAAUGGGAAUAUCUCUCUUGAUGAUGUUAUUGAGAUUGCAAAGAUUAUGAAGCCGAGGUCGAUGGCGAAAGAGCUUGCCGGAACUGUGAAGGAGAUUUUGGGGACCUGUGUUUCUGUUGGGUGUACUGUUGAUGGGAAAGAUCCAAAGGAUUUGCAGCAGGAGAUUAAUGAUGGUGAUGUUGAGAUUCCUCAGGAUUGAGGUGGUUGUUGAUUUUUUCACUAUUAUCGUUAAUGUGUUUUUUUAAUAUAAGUUUGAGAAUUUUGUUGUUGAAUUUUACUGUUUUGGAUAAUUUAGACCAUUUUGACGAAUUUUAUCAGUUUAGUUUAAUUAUGUCUAUGGUGUUUCGAUAUAAUUUUGGCAAUGAAUUUUAAUCGUUAUGCCUAUAUUAUUA